AUGUCGCGUCUAAGGAACAAAGUCUUGCCUGUUCUCGCAGUAUCUUCUUUACCUUCAUCCCAUAUCACGUCUGGACCUGACAUAUCAUGGACAAAAGUCGGUUCUGGAAAAGACCAUCUUCUCUCAGAGCUCGAGAGUCUAUACUGGGAUGGCGUCAGGACUGAGCUUGAGAACAUUGUUCGCACUCUCAAAGUCUGGCAGCAACCAGAAUAUGCUCAAGUCACGAUCCAAGAUGAGGAUGACGAUCAUAUCCAUGGAUUCGAUACAUUUCUCGAUCAGGUUUCCCACGAGGCUCGAGCACAUGCCAUAAGAUAUGGGGAAAUGAGAGAGAAACAAACAAAGAAGAAGAAAGACUGGUAUCCUAACACCAAACCUUUCGGCACUAAAUUUGCUAGAGAUGCUGUUCUAGACAGCAUAUCGGAUCGGAUAGCGCAGCAGGUGAGCGAUGGCAUCAAGAUCGACGUGCGACGGGAAAUUAAAGCUGUCACGAAGCUCAAGGGUAUAGAGCAGCGAGCCUGGAUGCUGCUUCAAGCCGCCGAGAAGCUGAUUGAACAUCGUUCUCCUCCUGAAAUGCUAGGAUUAUGGAAGAGACCAGCCAUCCCUCAGCUUACUCUAUCAAAUGUUGAACAAGAUGGAACUCUCAACUUUGAACCACUUCGUUGCAUGCAAAAGCGAUGCAAAAAGGUUAUCCGAGGGAGCAUGUUUGUCCAUGACAAAACUGACUCUGAACCUGGUAUCAUUUGCGAAGAAUGUUACCGAAAUCAUUAUUACGGAAAAGAGGCAUACACAAAAGCCUACAAGCACUGCAUCCUGUCAGAGGCUAUUACCCCUGAGAUGAGCAGAAAGAUCUGCAAGUGUCUCAAUCUACAAGAUACCAGUACAGGUGAACCACAGAGUCUAUUUCCCAUCGAGGAACCCAAUAAACAUAAAGAUACCGGUAGUGAAGGGGAAAAGUGCGAACUUCUCCAACUCGGCGACAUGGUCGCUCUUGCAAAAUAUCACGGACUGCAAGAGAGUGUAGGGGUCAAGCCACGAUCUCAGAAAGACACUGAAAAGGCUGAGAAGCAGGCAAAGGCCGAUUCGAGAGGACUCAGCUCGCGGUUUUACAAGAAUUCUAUUUUAAAUGAGGAAAGGGCUGGUGAGAGUGACUUUGAGGCAGAGGAAGAGCUUGAGCCGGGACCUGAAGCCGAAGGUCGCAACCGACGUCUCAGUGCCUUGAAGGCUGUCCAGCAGCUGGGUGUCUCGGGCAAUGUCAGUGUUGCGGAGGAGGCCGUCGGAGAUACCGACAUACCGCUGUUCUUCAGGAAACACGCAGAGAAGAAUCCUUUUGGGAAUGUUCACAUGGCACUCAGGGUCGGGCCUCUUGUCGUUGAGAAUGGUGUCUCGCAUACCAAAGGCGGCGCUCUUGUCUCAUUGAGGGAGAUGCCCGUUUUCCAACAACGCUUUCAUCUUCAUACAAUUCCAGGGCGUGAGCUAGCGAUCGGCAGUGGUUCUGAUCGUCUUCUUUGGCAACGUAAGAGGGAAGUCAAAGAUCGCAAGAGAUACAAGGCCUUCAUGAAACAAGUCAUAGGUGUGCCCUUCAGUGGAGGUCAUACACUUCCACAUGAUCAGGAGCUUUCUGUUGUCCGUGAUCUUUUGGCCGCUUGCGAGCAACAGUUCGAUGAUCCCAGCUUGUCUACGACUGACCAGCUCAAACUCCUCAACUCAGCACUAGAGCCAGUCCUGGGUAAGCUCAAGGCUCUUCUUGGCUCAAGGAUGAAAGUGUAUCUCAGCAGCAUUGCUGAACGUCUGUUGGAUAAGAACAUCAAGCUGGCGUGGAGUACAACAAGCAACAACUGCCAAACCUUUUGCAGUUCGCUCAUCGACAAAAACAUAUUUGGACCUCUUGUCAGCGGAGAACCUCCUAAGACUUUCACGGACGCAGCUCCUCUCUACGCCAUGAGUUUCGUAUGCCCAGAUGAGGGCUACAAGAAGUCUAGAGGUGUACGAACCAAGUUCGAUGUUCCGUUCGGGCUCACUGAAGAGUACCUCCUCCGCUUCCACUUCGGGCGUCACGGUGAGGCCGAUAUCAUCGAUACCUAUCAAGAGUACUGGUAUGACUGGGGUGCUUUUGGCAGUACACUGUACAAGUAUCAGGACUUGUACCCGUGGGAUUGCACAGAAGCUUAUGGGAGAUAUCCAACUAAGUGCGGCGACUGUAACCUCGCCAAACACGUCUGGGCAUUCCCAUUUGACUCCUGGUCUAUGUCUUCUCAUCACUUAUCAAGAGAUCGUCACAUGUACGCACCAGCAUUGACUGAUAAGACUUUAACAGCCGUUGGUCCAGAUGCUACGCCAAGCUCGUGGAUGCGCAACCGGCUUACUGUCCUGUCAGCAAUGUCUACCCUUCACCGAGCUGCCACAGCCAUGGCUCACUCACUCAAGUUCCAAAAGGCCACUGCAUGGCUACACAAAGGCCCGUCGCAUACUCUUCUAGACCCGUCGCUGAAAAGAGUUAAACUGGGUGGUAUACACCGUGCUCAACCAUGCAGUCACUACUUCGAAGCAGGUGUUUAUAGCCACUACUUCAUCGCCCCAUGGGCUACACUUACACGGCCUAGGCAAGUCGAAGCCUACGAAAAACAGCGCAACGGCCGUGUUAACCUCCCCGAUGUACCAAGUUCGUCCCGCAAGCGUCGUUUUGCUCGCCACAUAGAACUGCCAGAGUACAACUACCUAGACUUUUCAGGCCAGACGACGCUUAUGCAGCUCAACGCGGCCAAUGAUACUGCACCACCUUUCCCACAUCGGAGAAGCCUCGUCAUGUAUGCGCAAGCGGGUGCGGAAGUUCUACGCGCAAUGCGGCCGAGUGUGCGAGUGGAGAGACUAUCAGAGCCGCAGAGGCAGCUGCGUUGGCAGAAAGUGCUUCACAUUCUCAUGGAGGGGGUCAUUCUAAUAGUGGAGGAGGGACUUCAAGUUGUGGUGGAGGAAGUUCGAGUUGUGGUGGAGGAAGUUCGAGUUGUGGUGGGGGGAGCAGUUGUGGAAGUUCAGGUUUCUGAGGGGUUGCUGGUAGAGUUUGCUAAACUUCAACUGCCUGCCCCUCUUGCAGUCUUUGCUAGUUUCUCAACCUCCGAACCUUCUACAGGUUACCAUCAUCCUGUUCAACCGAGUGCUAAAUCUCUUCUUCGUGCAUAA